UGCUUAAAGAGGUUGCACUAGUAGCACCGUACGAUGCGGCCUACGGGCAAACUACGGCUAGGUGGGAUGAGAUUGGCGACAACAUGAGGAGCAUUCAUGGUGACACCAUCACAGCGUCCAGCUGUCGGAAGCGGUUUGACGACUUGCUCUCUGCGUUCAAAAAGGCCACGCUCAAGGCCCUGCGUGCGUCUGGGACGGAGGAGGAAUACAACGAGCGUGACCAGCUCCUGCAGGACAUUGUUGACAUGAUUGACGCUGCUGCGGCAAAGAAGAAGGCGUCCAAGCAAGUAGUGGACAAGCGGGAAAGCGAUGGCCACAUGAUUCGAGAGGCGGCGCUGAUCGGUUUGAAGCGAAAGGCAACCGAAGAAAGCGAUGAUGACGUGUCGCCUCGCAAGGUGGCGGACAACAAGGACAUCAAGGACAUCAAGGACAUCAAGGACAGCCGACGUGGUUCUGCCUUGAAGGAAGCUGCUUCCGUUGUUGCCACAUUCACCGAAAUGAUGAGCGAAUCAAACAAGAUCAAGGCCGAAGAAGUUGGCGUGAAAAAGGACGAAAUCAUGCUUGCCCAGAAAAAGCUUGAACUUGAACGAGCUCGGUAUGAACUGGACAAAGCCGAGCGCGAAGCUCGUUUUGCAGUGGAAAAAAUGGAGCGCGAAGCCCAGAUCGAGUUCAUGCGCAGCACGAUUGAAUUGAUGCGUACUUUAACAAAAUAGAUGUCAAGUUUUGAUCA